AUGGAGCAUUGCCCUCUCCUCCAGCUGGGGGUGACGGUUCUUGGGCUAGCUCUUCUCGCCUAUGCGUCUCUGUCGAUCGUGCGCCGAGUCUUCAAGACUCUCUUCAGCCGGAAAUUCCAACUCGUCAAAUUCGGCGAGUGGGCCGUGGUCACCGGCGCCACGGACGGCAUCGGAAAGGCCAUGGCGAUUGAGCUUGCCAAGCGAGGCAUGAAAGUCUUCCUCGUCUCCAGGAAUCCGGAGCGUCUCCGACAGACGGAGCAGGACCUCCAGUCGGCGGUCCCUUCCGUGAAAGGCGUGAAGAGUCUCGCGAUUGAUUUCUCGGAGGGCACAACGGAAAGUCUCUUCCAGAAGCUCGACGCUGCACUGCAGAACCUCGACGUGGGAAUCCUGGUGAACAACGUCGGCAUUUCGUAUCCGCAUGCGAUGUUUUACGAUGAGCUGGACCUGCACACUCUCGAUCAGCUUAUCAAUGUCAACGUCAGAUCCACGCUUGUCACCACUCGAGUGGUCUAUCCAGGCAUGGUCACUCGUAAACGUGGCGCAAUCAUCUGCGUCGGUAGCGGGGCUUCAGAGAUCGCCAGCGAUCCUCUUUACUGCGCCUAUUCGGCGACAAAAGCUGCAGCGGAGUCUUUCUGCCGCUCCCUCCAGCCGGAAUGUGCCAGCAAGAACAUCCUUGUUCAGUGCCACGUGCCGCUCUUGGUCACGACGAAACUGUCGAAGAUGCGGAAAGCCAGUCUGAUGACCCCCAGCACUGAGACAUACGCCAAAAGUGCUAUGGCAGCAAUCGAGAACGGGAGCAUGCGAGGCCCUACAACCAUCUCCCCCUAUUGCGUCCAUCGAUGCAUCAUUUGGCUGUCCAACGCUGUCCCCCGGAAGGUCUGGGAAGCCGCAUACCUUCCACGGUGUCUGUCGAUUCGCAAACGCGCACUGAAGAAGAAGGAGGAGCAAGUACGUCGAAUGGAUUUGACCGUGUGGACUGGUGUUGGGACUCCGAAAGCGCCCACCGUUAAUCCCCUUGUUACCUUCUGUGAGAAGGAAGAUGUACAGCUGCUUGCCGUGCAGCUGCCAGGCCGAAGUCUUCGGAGUAAAGAACCUGUCCCCACAACAAUACAGAACUGCGUCGCGCAGCUCCUCGAUGUCAUCGCUCCUUUAGUCUCCUCGCGCGUACCGUAUGUCCUGGUGGGAUACUCCAUGGGGUCUUGGGUUGCCUACGAGCUUGCCUGCGCGAUCGCAAAGAGGAGAGAGACUGACACCAAGUUCCGGCUCCCAGGUCGAAUGAUUCUUGCUUCCAUGGUCAGCCCUGAUACUCCGCCCAGCGAGCGACCUUGGAGGGAAACGCGGCAUCUCAGCGAUUCAGAAUUCCAGGAGGAGCUUCGGGGAUGGAGCUGCAAUGAAAUCCUCUUCCAGCCCGAUCUCUGGGCAGCUUACGGCAAGCUCUUGCGCGCCGACCACUUGCUGCUGGACGAAUACAUUCCUACCAAGAGAGACGCGCCUCUCGGUGUGCCAUGCUCUGUUUUUCGAGCGCGAGAUGAUCUGAAGCUCCAGAGUCCAUCGCACUUUGUCAAUUGGUUUUCCUUGGUCGAGGGACCUUCCGCCACACGAACCGAACGGAAAGACCCAUCGAAGCUUUGCUCAUAUGGCCGCAGCGACACCUCAGCCAACAAGAGAGGCGAUGCAAGCACUGCGGAAUGUACGCCGCGCGAUACCGAUACCGUAAAACCCCUCGACAGAGAGUCAACCGGUAAAGCUGGAUCGGACGCAGGCAUCGCCCCCGGUUCUGGUUUGCAACAGGACGACGGCAACCGCAUCGGCGUGCUCGACGGCAGCCACGGGCUUAUGUACGAUCCAAAGUGCCGCGCCAAGUUCUUCGAACGCAUUUUAGAGCUUGUUGAACAGAAUCUUCUCGACCUGAUGUACGAUGGAAUGUAG